GCUGGGCAGCUCCUGGCGUCGCGGGGCUUGCUUCCCUUUCCCUGCUCUCUGACCCUCCCUCCUCCCGCCCACUGCUCCCUCCUCCCUCAGCGCCCUCCAUCCUCUGCGUCCUGAGAGCUCUCAGACAGCCUUCCAGGAUUAUGGAAAUUAUGAGUGAGAAGUUUGCCCUUAAGAGCCCGCCAAGUAAAAACAGUGACUUUUACAUGGGCACAGGAGGCGCGUUGGAGCACGUUAUGGAGACGCUGGACAAUGAGUCCUUUUACGGCAAAGCGACGGCAGGCAAAUGCGUGCAGGCCUUCGGGCCGCUGCCUAGAGCUGAGCAUCACGUGCGCCUGGACAGGACCUCGCCCUGUCAGGACAGCAGCGUGAACUAUGGGAUCACCAAAGUGGAAGGACAGCCUCUUCACACCGAGCUGAAUCGAGCAAUGGAUAGCUGCAACAAUCUCAGGAUGUCUCCUGUGAAAGGGAUGCCAGAGAAGGGUGAACUGGAUGAACUUGGGGACAAAUGUGACAGCAAUGUAUCCAGCAGCAAAAAAAGGAGACACAGAACUACCUUCACCAGUUUGCAGCUGGAGGAACUAGAAAAGGUCUUCCAAAAAACCCAUUACCCGGACGUAUACGUCAGAGAACAGCUUGCACUAAGAACAGAGCUCACUGAGGCCAGGGUCCAGGUUUGGUUUCAAAAUCGAAGGGCCAAGUGGAGAAAAAGAGAACGAUAUGGCCAAAUACAGCAAGCUAAAAGCCAUUUUGCUGCCACCUAUGACAUAUCAGUUUUACCAAGGACUGACAGCUACCCACAGAUUCAGAACAAUCUGUGGCCAGGGAAUGCAAGUGGUGGCUCUGUGGUUACAUCAUGCAUGUUACCACGUGAUGCGUCCUCCUGCAUGACACCUUAUUCUCACUCGCCUCGGACAGAUUCCAGUUACACGGGGUUUUCAAACCACCAGAAUCAGUUCAGCCAUGUGCCCCUCAACAAUUUUUUCACUGACUCUCUUCUCACUGGGGCUACCAACGGACACGCAUUUGAAACAAAGCCAGAGUUUGAAAGGAGGUCUUCCAGUAUUGCCGUUCUGAGAAUGAAAGCCAAGGAGCACACCGCCAAUAUUUCAUGGGCCAUGUAACAUACAGUACUCUUUUAUUUUUCUUUUCAUAGCAAAGUAAAACAUUCUUAUUUCUCAUAUUUAAAGGAUACCACAAUAAGCUGCUGUGUGUGGAAGGGCUAAAGGUCAAGAUAUACAGUGAGACCAGCUUAUAUGAAUAGUUGUUAUUAUUUAACAUUAAAAUCUAAGAAUGGACCUCUGAAAGGACUAAAUAGGUUUGCCAUGCACCAACCUCCACAAACUCUGUUUUAGUAGUAAGUUUUUUUUUCCUAUUGUACAAGUCAAUGAAAUAUGGUCAUGCAACUUCUUAAAGGAAUAAAUGUAUUAAACAAAUCCUUCCGUGAUAGAUUGAUUUAUACUAGUUGUGGAUAACAAGAAAUCCCUUGUAAAAUGAUACCUGAUAAAUGAGGAAACAUCCUGGGGGAAAAGGCAAUAUAGAACCAGGGGGCUUUGAGAACUAACACCACUUCCCCUUCUUUGGCUCCAAGACACAAUGGGCAUACACUCUGUUGCUCAGAAUUUAUCUUCAAGUCUCCAGAUUUUUUUUUUAACCUUUCAAUGUCUUGGUGAAUUUUUACUCAGUGGGGUGGGGGAAGACUUUCUGAAUGGGUCGGUAUUUGCAUGAAAUAUCUGGGCAGUUUCUUGCAACCAUGUGGCUAAAGGUGACAACUGAAAUAUUCUGGUGUGAUUUAAAGUCUAGUCAACUGGGCAGGUUUUAUAAAUGCAACUUGUAGGUGAAGAGGCCAGCGUGAAGACUGCUACUUAGUGAUUAAAACAAAGAAACGUUAGCAAAUGUGCUGUUGUUUUUAUGCUGAAAUCAUGUUGAUUGACUUGCAUAUGUGGAUAUUCAGCAAAUUUGGGAUUACUUUUCAAUCAAAUCAGCAACAGAUUGGAAUUUAUG